GCAAACCAGUCUCCCGCAUAGCUAGCACCACAACCUAUCGUCCUUGUAUAUAUAGUACUACUAGGCUGUGGUCGAUGAUGGCGUGUCCGAGCCAAGGAAGAAGACAGCAGAAGCUAGCAAACAACAUGAGUGGUGCCAUGGACAUGGUGCGAGCCGCGUGACCCAAACAAACUACAUACGCCUGCCUAGCUAGGAGAGAGCAGACAUUGAGAGCUCAGAAGCGUGCGUGCACACGUAAGGAUCGAUGUGCUGAGGAGGAAAAGAGAAGGAGAUCGAAGGGAUUAUUAAAGUUCUGUCACGUCUUUUUGCUGCCGGCUAUCGAUCAUGUGGAGCCUGGUGCGGCGAUGGCGAUGGGGGCGGCGGAGGCGGACGGCGCGGGUGGUGGACGAGAGCGCGCUCGGCGCAGACGGCGAUACUGACGGUGGCGCCGCCGCUCCGGCCGCGGGCGGCGCGGUGGUGGCGCCGACACUGGGUGGCGCUCUAGCCAGGGCGCUGCUGGCGCUGGCGUGCGCCAUCCGCUUCGACGGCGCGGACGUCAGCGCGACGGAGGAGGCGUGGGCCGUCACGGGGUGGCGGCCGCGCGCCGCCGACGAGGUCAGCCACCUCAUGGUGCGCGAGAGCAUGCGCUACGCCAUCUACGCGUAGCCGUAUAUAUAUAUUAUUAUGUACCUAGCAGAGUAGGAUUAUUCUACGUCUCUAUAAUCUAUAUAUACGUAUCCAUGCAUGCAUAUACGUACCACUUGGGCAUGUA